AUUAACUCUUAGCACAUUAAUUAGGAGUUUCCCACAUGCGUAUUUAUAUACAAGCAUGAAGCAUUCAUCGAUGUGAAGUUCGAAAACAUAUCCAAAAACUGCAAGAAAGCUCCUCCCAUGGCGGAUUCAAGCUUUUCUCUUCCUCCUCUUUGUGAAAGGAUCUCAUACACGAACUAUUUUCUAAGAGCUGUAUAUCUCACGGUUCUAGGCCUUUUCUUUUCUCUUCUCUUGCACCGAAUCCGACAUACGAGCGAAUACGACAACGUUUGGCUCGUGGCUUUCUUUUGUGAAUCUUGUUUCUUCUUGGUAUGUCUGCUUAUUACUUGCCUAAAAUGGAGUCCUGCUGAUACUAAACCCUUUCCUGAUAGACUUGAUGAAAGGGUUCAUGACCUUCCUUCGGUGGAUAUGUUCGUGCCCACAGCAGAUCCGGUUCGAGAGCCACCGAUUAUGGUUGUGGACACCGUGCUUUCGCUGUUAGCUGUAAAUUAUCCGGCAAAUAAACUAGCUUGUUAUGUGUCGGACGAUGGAUGCUCACCUCUCACUUAUUUCUCUCUCAAGGAAGCUUCUAAGUUCGCCAAGAUUUGGGUACCGUUCUGCAAAAAGUACAACACUAGAGUUAGAGCUCCUUCUAGAUAUUUUCUGAAACCUAUAAGCGUCGCAACAGAGGAUUAUGAAUUCAAUAGAGACUGGGAAAAGACGAAGAGGGAGUACGAGAAGUUGAGGCGGAAAGUGGAAGAUGCCACCGGAGAUUCUCAUAUGUUGGAUGUAGAAGAUGAUUUUGAAGCAUUCUCAAACACAAAACCAAAUGAUCAUUCAACUCUAGUUAAGGUGGUAUGGGAGAACAAGGGAGGUGUAGGAGACGAGAAAGAGAUCCCUCAUAUCAUAUACAUAUCAAGAGAGAAAAGACCAAAUUAUGUUCAUAAUCAAAAAUGUGGAGCCAUGAACUUUCUGGCAAGAGUGUCAGGGUUGAUGACAAACGCACCAUACAUCUUGAACGUGGAUUGCGACAUGUAUGCCAAUGAUGCAGAUGUAGUCCGACAAGCAAUGUGUAUACUUCUGCAAGAAUCAUUAAAUAUGAAACAUUGUGCUUUUGUUCAAUUCCGUCAAGAAUUCUAUGAUUCAAGCACCGAGCUAAUAGUCGUCCUACAAUCACAUUUGGGACGAGGAAUCGCGGGAAUCCAAGGACCGAUAUAUAUAGGAUCAGGAUGCGUCCACACGAGAAGAGUUAUGUAUGGUUUAUCUCCAGACGAUUUCGAAGUUGAUGGAAGUCUUUCUUCAGUUGCUACAAGGGAGUUUUUGGUUAAGGAUAGUUUAGCGAGAAGAUUUGGUAAUUCUAAAGAGAUGAUGAAAUCAGUGGUUGAUGCAAUACAAAGAAAUCCAAAUCCACAAAAUAUACUUACAAACUCCAUAGAAGCGGCUCGAGAAGUGGGACAUUGUCAGUACGAGUACCAAACCAGCUGGGGAAACACCAUCGGCUGGUUAUAUGAUUCAGUGGCGGAAGAUUUAAACACGAGUAUCGGAAUACAUUCGAGAGGUUGGACUAGCUCAUACAUUUCUCCGGAUACACCUGCAUUUCUUGGAUCUAUGCCGGCAGGAGUACCCGAGGCGUUACUCCAGCAGCGUCGAUGGGCGACAGGAUGGAUCGAAAUCCUUUUCAACAAGCAAAGUCCGUUGCGAGGAUUGUUUAGCAAGAAAAUAAGAUUCCGACAACGAUUAGCUUAUCUUUGCAUUAUCACCUGUCUAAGGUCAAUCCCUGAGCUUAUUUAUUGUCUCCUUCCUGCUUAUUGCCUACUCCACAACUCUACCUUAUUCCCCAAGGGACUUUAUUUAGGCAUAACUGUCACACUUGUUGGGAUACAUUGUCUCUAUACUCUAUGGGAAUUUAUGAGCCUUGGUUAUUCCGUACAAUCGUGGCUAGUCUCCCAAUCAGUUUGGAGAAUAGUAGCCACUAGUAGUUGGUUAUUUAGCAUCUUUGAUAUCACACUCAAGCUUCUUGGCAUCUCGGAAACGGUGUUCAUAAUCACUAAAAAGACUGUGGCUGGGACCAAGUCAGCAUUAGGGUCUGGACCCUCUCAAGGAGAAGACGUUGGUCCAAACUCAGACUUGUUUAAAUUUGAAUUUGAUGGCUCACUUUGUUUCUUGCCUGGCACAUUUAUUGUGUUGGUGAAUAUAGCCGCUCUAGCUGUUUUUUCUGUGGGUCUACAACGGUCGAGUUACAGCCAUGAAGGAGGUGGUUCGGGUCUGGCAGAGGCUUGCGGAUGUGUUUUGGUAAUGAUGUUGUUCCUUCCAUUUCUAAUGGGUUUGUUUAAGAAAGGAAAAUAUGGAACCCCAUUGUCUACUCUCUCUAUAGCUGGCUUUUUAGCAGUUUUAUUUGUUGUUUUCUCUGUUUGAAUGUAGUAUGGUGAUAUGUGUUUGUUGUGUUACUACGCUAAGUUUACCAUGACAUUGUCUUAAUUAAUAAUUCUAUAUAUGUAACUUUAUUUUGCGUGCAAAAUGUUUGCCCAAAACUAUAAUUAAC